GAGCCUGUGUGCGUGGUGAAGUACAGUUGAGGGUCAAACAUGAGUGGGUUGCGUGAACACAUGGCUCUGGCUGCAGUGAGGAGUUGGUAAAUACGUUUGACCUCGUGUAGAGGUAGAGAGAGAGAGAGAGAGAGGGGGAGACUGGAUUAAACGCUGCCUGCAGCAGUGGCAGGAGGAGGAAGACGACUAGCUAAUGACCUGCAACUCUUGCUGCUAGCAAACAGUGUCUCGUCAAUAAUACAACCCUCUUCUGAACAUCGUUCUCAUAUCUCAACUAAUAAAAGUGUUGUUGACUCGCCUGUUAGUUAACCUCGCCUGACAGAGUUGGACAAACACGACAGCUGCUGUUGAUGUUACACAUUUAGAAACAGCACUCCUCUCCUCGUCUAGUUCGUGUCGCUGUUCCCUGUGAACAUCCAUCAUGGCAGGAGAUAUGAUGUUACUGAUGAGAGGUUUGGCAAAGCUGAGUCAGGCGGUUGUAGAGACUCAGAGCAACACUCUGCGCAGUGGGACAGGCAUCCCUGCUGUUGGUGCUGCUGUUCAGACUGUCCAAUCAGCCGCUGAGCAAGGCCUCUCUGUGGCCAUGAUGAAAAUGCAGGAGAUGUCUGGUCAGCAGCAAACCUCAUCAUCAGAGUCAGAUUUUGACUUUCCUCAGGAUGAAACCGCAUUCACAGCUUCAGAGUUCAGAGAGGAAGGCGUGGACUUUCCCUCAGGAAGUAGUGAUGAAGCAGCAGCGAGAGCAGGGGUGAACCAAACCAGUGGGAAACAGUCAUUGUUUGAGGGAUACCAAGAUCCCAGCAAACAGUUCAGUGGACACACCAGAUCUUACCAUCAAGAUGCCAGACAUUUCAUCGGACAUCAUCUCUACAACCACAGCCUGAACAGGCAUGUAUGGGGACAGGUUUAUUGUCAUCCCGUCAGUCAGGUCAGGAGCUACCAUCAGGACCCGUCCACAGUCGGUGGACUGACGGCGGAUGACAUAGAGAAAGCCAGAGAGAGCAAGAGGGAUGAGAUGAAGCCACACAAACAGAUGUUGAGUGAGAGAGCCAGAGAGAGGAAAGUGCCCGUGACCCGUCUGGGCAGACUGGCCAAUUUUGGAGGUUUAGCUGUUGGUCUGGGGAUCGGAGCGUUGGCAGAAGUCGCCAAGAAGACCAUGAGAAACAAUGGUGCAGCAGGUGACAAGAAAGCCGUUCUGGACUCGAGCCCUUUUCUGUCCGAAGCCAACGCCGAGCGCAUCGUCAGGACUCUGUGUAAAGUCAGAGGAGCUGCAUUAAAGCUGGGACAGAUGCUCAGCAUUCAAGACGACGCGUUCAUCAACCCUCAGCUCGCCAAGAUCUUUGAGCGCGUAAGGCAGAGCGCGGACUUCAUGCCAAUCAAACAGAUGACAAAAGCGCUGAGCAACGACCUGGGUCCUAACUGGAGGGACAAGCUGGAAUCGUUUGAGGAACGUCCGUUCGCGGCAGCUUCCAUUGGGCAAGUCCACCUGGCGAGGAUGAAGGACGGGAGGGAGGUGGCCAUGAAAAUACAGUAUCCUGGUGUGGCUCAGAGUAUCAACAGUGACGUCAACAACCUGAUGACGGUGCUGAACAUGAGCAACGCCCUCCCUGAAGGUUUGUUUCCAGAGCAUCUGAUUGAUGUAAUGAGAAGAGAGCUGGCGCUGGAGUGCGACUAUCUCAGAGAAGCCCAGUGUGCAAAGAAGUUCAGGGAGCUAUUGAAGGACCAUCCGUUCUUCUAUGUACCAGAGGUGAUAGAUGAGCUGUGCAGCAAACACGUCCUGACCACUGAACUGGUUCCUGGAUUUCCCCUGGACAAAGCUGAGAACCUCACACAGGAACAGAAGAACGAGAUCUGCCAGAACAUCUUGAUGCUGUGCCUGAGAGAGCUCUUCGAGUUCAGGUACAUGCAGACCGACCCGAACUGGUCCAACUUCCUCUACGACCCACAGUCACACAAGGUGGCGCUGUUGGACUUUGGAGCCACGAGAGGAUUUGAUCUGAGCUUCACUGACCUCUACAUAGAAGUCAUCCAUUCAGCUGCCAUGGGCAACAAAGAGGGAGUCCUGAAGAAAUCUAUUGAGAUGAAGUUCCUGACAGGUUAUGAGUCCAAGGCGAUGAUUAACGCCCACGUGGAUGCGGUGAUGAUCCUCGGUGAGGCCUUCGCCUCCACAGACACCUUCGACUUUGGUUCCCAGUCCACCACGGAGAGGAUCCACAACCUCAUCCCCGUCAUGCUCAAACACCGACUCACCCCGCCUCCGGAGGAGACGUACUCGCUUCACCGCAAGAUGGGCGGCUCCUUCCUCAUCUGCUCCCGGCUGAACGCGAAGCUGCAGUGUAAGGACAUGUUCCAAACGGCGUAUCAGAAGUACUGGGAGGGCCGCACGCCUCCCUCUCACUCAGUUUGAGCCCCGUCACUGUCUGAAGAUCGGAUGAACUGGUCCCGGGGGCCAACAGCCCAUCGAUGGCGAGGUUUGGGUGAAGACACAGAACUACUGAGCAGAUGUUACCUGUCCUUAGCUGGUCAUUGAGCGCCAGCGUGUCUUUCCUUUUCUGGGAAGCCAACUACAUUGAGGCUUUGAAAAAGCAUUAUUCAUAUUUCCAGCCAGUAUUUCUUAGCUUUAAAGAAGGAGCGGCUAACGAGGCAUCUGCACUAUUUGUACAGAUAUAGCGUGAAAACAUAUAGGAGGUGGAUGGAUUGAGUGCUCUGUUAGGUCUAAAAUGAAUGUAUAAAGGUGGAAUUGCGUUUCAUUUAUUUCAGAAUUAUUCUUGCAUUUUCUUUUGUGUUGCUGUGUUUUGUUUUGAAUAAUCAUAACGAACUAAACUAGUUGAAAGGCAACAAUCACUCAGCAGUGGGGUGAGUCUCCGUGUGAACCAGGACCAACGUGUCUGCGUCACUCUUUGUUUUUGAAGACGUUCGAUUAGAUCGUCUAGAUGUAGAUCAUACAGCUCAGUGUACAUGUAGGCAGAGGAUUAAAUGUUAGUACGGUUCUGUUUUUAGAAGGUGAGACAAACUGGUAUUUGUCGGCAUUGAACGAGAAAAGGUCCGACUUACCCCAUCUGUAUGCAGUAUACGGUGAUCUAACUUCACAGGACUGAAUGAUGCUGUUGAUCACGUUUCAGUAGCUUUGUAAUGUUGUUAGCGUUUAGGCCACUAGGGAGCUGUUAUGGGCAUAGCAUUAAAUCAAACUGUAUUUCAAAGGAAAACCAUGAUCUGUACGCUUCAGGCAUGUUUGUGCAGGGUGAAGGUCCGUACGAAUUCCUGCUAUUAUUUUGUUUCCUUUAAACUCCUAAAGUGCUAGGACAGCGGCUUAGAAUUAACUUCAUAUCUCGCAUUAAUUUCUUCUAGUAUCAAAGCAUGAUUUUCUUUCUGUUCGUCUGUGUAUAGGAGAUGGAUUUAAGAAUAUAAGGUCUGGUAGAGAAGCAGAGCGCGGCCCGCAUCGACUCCGGGGCCUGUGCUUAGACGUGAAUGUUAAUGAACCACCGGAAUAAAAGGAGCUCAUCCUGAUAACGCACAAAAUCACUGGCUCACCUAGCUUCCACAAGGCGCUAAUCUCUCCACGCCUCCUCCGGUGUAAAAUCCUCCUACACCUGGCUGGUGUGUGACUGUGAAAGUUCUCUGCGCUCUGCCGUGUGAAUGCAGUUAUAACGAUAUCUGGUGUGACGACGAAUUUAAAAAAAGAGAAAAAAAAAAAAGGUGCCUGAGGUUUUUCCAGCAGACUGGUUGUAGCUAGAAAUCUCGACUUUAUAUUUCAUAUCAAGUCUCGCUGAGAAGAUGGUUUAAAUUUUCUAAGAAAGAUGCAUUCUUAAGCGAAAGUUGUAAUAAAAUGUUUUUUGAAAAGACUAAA